CGAGGGUCGCCGUUAGAGGGGGUUAGGAGGUUGGCUGCGCUCAGCCCUGCAGUGCGGAGGCCGCAACAGGUUCCCGUUUGUCCUGUUGCUGGCGCUGCGGGCGCUGUGGGCCCUGAACUCUCAGCUCUGACUUUGGAGAUUGAGCCCCUCAUGGCCUCCUCAUGAGCCCCUUAUGGCCCCCUCCUAAAUUCUUUCUCCGGAUGGGAAGGCUUGCCAGCACGGCUCCGCAGUUAGGUUCAGGGAGCCCCUCGCCCGGUCGGGAGCCAGGGACUCUUGGAUCCCGGGCUUCCCCUCCCUUCACCAUUUCGGAGGCUGCCUCUCUUCAUCCUCAUCCUAGCCCAGCUCCUCUCACCUCCAGGGAGCCCUCUCCAGAGUGGCCUAAGCACCUCAGGAGCUCCCUCUCCAGCCAGACUGAGCCCCCAGGCACAGGAGCGGGGAACACCGCUGUCCAGCUCCCGGCUGCUCACAGCCCUGUGCCACCCCUACUAGCCACAACCAGACUGGCACAUGGCAGAACCUCGGUGGUGCCUUCAACCCCUGGCCACUCUGAGCUCCCACCCACAGCUGCAGUGGGCCUGGAGGCAGCCCCCGGGCUGGGCACCAGUGUACACCUCCACCACUGUGGGACUAGGCUGAGAUAGGAGGAGGGAGAAGACAAAGUUCCUGCCCCAGGAACACACUGAGAAAGGGGGAAAGUGACCACACUGGGGAGCACAAAGGAGGGAGACUACUGGCUCCGAGUUGGGAGGGCUGCCUGGACGAGGGGACCUACAGAAAGAAGCAGAAUCUCAGAACCUGGGCAGGGGGCAUAGGAGGGAGGCCUGGGCUGGGGCCCAUGCCCACUGGGCAAGAGGAGAAGGAAGGGCACAGUCCAGCUGCCCAAAGCCCCUGGAUGCAGGAAUUAGGACUCAUCUUAGAGACAGGGACAUGGAGGUGUGGCCAGACAGCAGCCCAGUGCCAGGGUCCUGGGAGUCCCGGCUAGCAGCCCACUGCCCAGAAGGGAGGGGGAGGGGAAACUGGAAGCCCCUUAGAGAUCUCCAUCUGGCCGUGGGGAAGAUCUAGGCCUCGAACGGCACCCCUCACACUCACCCACCCCACUCCCAGCUUUCCAUCACCUGCCCUCUUCCGUAACCGUGACCUCAGACAUUUGCUCCUCUGACUCCGUAAUGAUUCCCACUGUGGGACUCGCAGUGCGCUUUCCAUUUUCCACUCCUUAGAGAAUGUGUGUAACUUUGAUUUCUUUUACUUUAGUUCCUUAGAUUCCCCAAAGUGGUCAAAGGGUUGGGAUUUUUUCCUAGCUCUUGAUAUUGCCAGAUUAAUUUCCAAAAGGGCUAUGCCAAUAUAUACCCUGCAACCGUUGAACAGCACGUUGAUUUCACAGCAAUUUUGCCGGCACUGGGUGUUCUCAAACAUGAGGACAUUUCUAGCACAGAAGGUGGAAAGUGUUACCUCGUUGGUCAUUGUUACUUGUUUUUUGGAGUUGCUUUCCUUCCACGCCUGAGCUUGAACCUUCCCCCAAAUAUUUGUAAGGCCGCCGCAUUCCCUCCUUCCUGCAGUGUGCAGUGUUUUCAGGUUCUUUGCCCAUUUAUCUACAGGGGUCUUAACCUUUUGGUUGGGUAUGAGCUUUAUCUUAUCUAUUGUACAUUUUCCUUCAACACUGUUAUUUGCUUUUGUUGGGCUUUAAGCAGAAAAGGGACUUUUAGCCAGACCAGUGUUGUGGACACCUCCCCCUGACCUGGUCUCCUAUCUCAGCGCUCACCACACCUGAGACCUUGUGCAGUGCCCUGGCUGCCUAUGGAUCUGCCCUGCCUAUUGUGCCCAUGGAGGAAAGGAUGGAGGCCACCAGCCUUGGUUGAGUGGAUGGCAUUCUGACAUUGGGCAGGGCAGGGCAGGGUGGAGGGCAGGUCGUUGCAGGCCUGGAGGCUGGGAGACUGUUGUGCAAGACGUGACAGUGACCUGGCCUAGAGCUGAUGAAUUUGAGCCCUUGGCUAGGAUAGGGGACAGGGGACAGAGGCAUGGAUGUGAGAGAGAUUUAGCUGGAAACUACUUCUCUCCACUUUGAUCAGCCAAGGGGAGAGCCAGGGGUCACUCUUAGGAUCAGUUUAGGGCUGGGAGCUCAGGGCUCCUGGGUACUUUUGGCCAGUGCUGUGUGAGUGAAGCCUGCUGGGGUGGGAGGUGCUCUGGGCCAAAGCUGCAGAAAGUUUCUGAUCCUGCUUCCUCCUCCCCUGGGCGAUUUCAGUGGCAUCCCACCUUUGGCCAAGCUGGUAGCUAUAAGUCCAUUACAGAGAUGGUGCCACUGAGAUCCAGGCAGGGGAGAAGAUGGUCCAGUAUCACCGAGUGAGUUGAGUUGAAGGCAGCUUCUGCGACAGGGGGGCUGGGCUCUUGUCCCCACCCCUCCCCCUGCCUCCCGAGGCCAGGCUGGCGCCGGCCAGGGGAGCCGCAGCUGGUCCCCUGCUGGGCCCCUGACCUGCCCUUGGCCUCUGCCCCGACCCCGUCCCGCCUCGGUGGAAGCCCCAGCUCAGCCGACUCGCAGGUCCCACCCGACUGCUUCCUUCGGCUAGCACCCGUUGGCUCACCGGCGCCCAGGCCCGCCCCCGCAGCCCCGCCCCGGCCCGCCCCUCGGAGUUGUAACUCCACGUCCCAAGGCUGUCUCCAAGGUGGAAGCUGGGUCCAGCUGCCAGGAAGCUGCUCGGCUUCCACGUGCGAGCCUGCACCGCCGCCCCGCCUUCUCCUAGCGGCCGGGCCUAGGGACUCCCUGCCCCGGGACGGCGCACCGCGUUCCGCCGUGGCAGUGGCCGUGGCCAGAACGUCCACGCGCAGUCGCCUACCGCCGGAUCGCGCUCCAGUGCCCGUGGCCCGACGUGUCAGAAGCCGAGCGCCGAUGGAGGGACUGGGGCGCUCGUGCCUGUGGCUGCGCCGGGAGCUGUCGCCCCCGCGGCCGCAGCUGCUGCUCCUGGACUGCCGCAGUCGCGAGCUGUACGAGUCCGCGCGCAUCGGUGGGGCGCUGAGCGUGGCCCUUCCCGCGCUGCUGCUGCGCCGCCUGCGGAGGGGCAGCCUGUCGGUGCGCGCGCUCCUGCCCGGACCUCCGCUCCAGCCGCCCCCGCCUGCCCCCGUUCUCCUGUACGACCAGAGUGGGGGCCGGCGCCGGUGCGGAGAGGCCGAGGCUGAAACUGAGGAGUGGGAAGCCGAGUCGGUGCUGGGUACCCUGCUGCAGAAGCUGCGGGAGGAAGGCUACCUGGCCUACUACCUCCAGGGUGGCUUCAGCAGAUUCCAGGCCGAGUGCCCUCACCUGUGUGAGACCAGCCUGAGUGGCCGUGCCAGCUCCAGCUUGGCCCCGCUGCCCAGUCCAGCACCCGUGGUGGGGUUGGGCAGUUUGUGCCUCGGCUCCGACUGCUCUGAUGUAGAAUCUGAGGCUGACCGCGACUCCAUGAGCUGCGGCCUGGAUUCGGAGGGUGUCACACCCCCCCCAGUGGGGCUUCGGGCAUCCUUCCCUGUCCAGAUCCUGCCCAACCUCUACCUGGGCAGCGCCAGGGAUUCAGCCAACUUGGAGAGCCUGGCCAAACUGGGCAUUCGCUACAUCCUCAAUGUCACCCCCAACCUCCCAAACUUCUUCGAGAAGAAUGGUGACUUUCACUACAAGCAGAUCCCCAUCUCCGACCACUGGAGCCAGAACCUGUCGCAGUUCUUUCCGGAGGCCAUUGCAUUCAUUGAUGAAGCCUUGUCUCAGAACUGCGGGGUGCUCGUCCACUGCCUAGCGGGGGUCAGCCGCUCUGUCACUGUCACUGUGGCCUACCUCAUGCAGAAGCUCCACCUCUCUCUCAACGAUGCCUAUGACCUGGUCAAGAGGAAGAAGUCUAACAUCUCCCCCAACUUCAACUUCAUGGGCCAGUUGCUGGACUUUGAGCGCAGCCUGCGGCUGGAGGAGCGCCGAUCGCAGGAGCGGGCCACUGGGGAGCAGCCGUCCACAGCCUCCGACCCGCCCUCCUUCUUCACUACCCCCACCAGCGAUGGUGCCUUCGAGCUGGCCCCCACCUAGGGCACUGUAGCAGGCAGGCUGGCCCCCACCUCACCUCCACCCAUGGGUGUCCCUGCUCACCCAUGGGGCAAGGGAGGGGAGGAUGGGAGGGCUUGGCCUGAGCAGGGGGCUGAGGGGAGAGCGCAAUACCUCACGCGGGCUGGCGUCCUAAUCAACGUGCCUACGGCAGGACCACGCUUUGAGCCUGCCUCUUCUGCGACUGUUCCUCUUUUCUUUGCGGGAUGGGAGUGGGGGUUCCUCUCCAGGUGACUGUCCAGGCGCUGGCCCUGGCCCUGGGUGCUCAGCCAGCUCGGCUGGGCCUUGUGCCUCCCUGUGCUUCCCUCUUCUGGAAGGGGGUGUGCCACCUUGUUGCCACAGGGACUGCCUCCCAGUCCCUUCCCUGCCCUCAAAUGGCCACUUGGGUGGGGGAGGAGUUUGCCAUCACUGGUGAUGUCACCUCCCUACUUCUCCACCAAGGGCUGGGGGCUCUCAGGGCUGGGACCUCUCAGGGGAUACAGACCCAGAUGUGCCGUGGCCACCCGCAUCCAUGGCCUGGGAGCCACUGGGCAGGUUCCCUUCCACACAGAUGUCUUGAUGGGAUCACUGGUGCUCUUUGUGAGUAAGGGUGGUCAAACUGCCGCCGGAGGAGAUGGGGUCUCAGAGCGGGAGCUGGGAAGGGGAGGGGAAGAAGAAGGCCUCACUUCUGCUGCUGCUUUGUGGGGCGUGGAAGGGCCUAAGCUGCAGACACACAGUCAUCCCCCACGGGUGGCGGGUAUGCGCGUGCGCACGUGUUGGCACUCACACGCACACUAGUCCCCGGAUGCACCCCACCCAGGGCUGGCAGUCUUGGUGGCACGGGACCAUCUCACCCUGGAGCCUGGAGAGGAGCUAUGCUUCUUCAUUUUUGUAAUCCACCUCAUCAUUGCUUUCUUUAAUUGUUCCUUCUGAAUAAACAGUUUAUUUAAGAUA